CUCUUUUUAGCAGAGGAAACCAUUUUGGUAGCGCCUGUGUGAGUCAUCCACAAUGAUUUCUCUGGGGCUCUUCUUGUUCUCAAGUUUUCUCUGCCAUGUUGCUACUGCAGGACGGACCUGUCCCAAACCAGAAGAGCUACCAUUUGCCACCGUUACUCCAUUAAAAAGAACCUAUGACCCAGGGGAGCAGAUCGUGUACACCUGCCGUCCGGGCUAUAUAUCCCAUGGUGGGAUGAGGCGGUUCAUCUGCCCUCUCACAGGACUUUGGCCCGUCAACACCCUGAGGUGUACCCCCAGAAUAUGUCCUUUUGCUGGAAUCUUAGAAAAUGGAGCUGUACGUUACACAACUUUUGAAUAUCCCAACACGAUCAGUUUUGCUUGUAAUCCCGGGUUUUAUCUGAAUGGAAGUAGUUCUGCUCAAUGCACCGAGGAAGGGAAAUGGAAUGUUGACCUUCCUGUCUGUAUUCCUGUAACCUGCCCUCCUCCAUCCAUUCCUAAGUUCGCAACCCUUAGUGAUUUUAAGUCAUUGACUAAAAACCACUCCCUCUAUGGAACAAAAGCUGUCUUCGAAUGUUUGCCACACUAUGCCAUGUUUGGAAAUGAUACAGUUACCUGCACAGCACAUGGAAAUUGGACUGCAUUACCAGAAUGCAGAGAAGUAAAAUGCCCAUUCCCAUCAAGACCAGACAAUGGGUUUGUGAACUAUCCUGCAAAACAAGCACUUUAUUACAAGGAUAAAGCCACAUACGGUUGCCAUGAUACGUACGUCUUGGAUGGCCCAGAAGAAGUAGAAUGUAACAAAUUUGGAAACUGGUCUGCACAACCAAGUUGUAAAGCUUCUUGUAAAUUAUCUGUUAAAAAAGCAACAGUGCUGUACCAAGGACAGAAAGUAAAGCUUCAAGACAAAUUCAAGAAUGGAAUGUCGCAUGGUGAAAAAGUUUCGUUCUUCUGCAAGAAUAAGGAAAAGAAGUGUAGCUAUACAGAGGAUGCUCAGUGCAUUGAUGGCACCAUUGAAAUCCCCAAGUGCUUCAAGGAACACAGCUCUCUGGCUUUCUGGAAAACCGAUGCAUCAGAUGUGAAACCAUGCUAAACUGGUUUUCAGAUUCAAAGUUAAAUGGCGCACUGAAUCGGUGUUUGUCCAAGGAACAUGACAAAAGUGGAAAAAUAAAGUGACUGAAUUUAUUCCAUUUCUCACUGCAG